AUGACACACAAUAAAUGGUAUCAUGAUGUGAAGUUCAAUGAAGACUGGGUCAAUACUCUGAAUGAAACUGAUGAUGCUGAGAAAGAGGCAUAUAACAAAGAUGAAACAGUAGAAGAGAGUAAUGAAGACAAAACUCCUGAAGAGCCACCAGAGGAAGAUUUGACAUAUAUUGAAGGACAGAAUGGACUUUUGUCAGAUACAUCCUUACAGCCGGUUGAUCUGGGUUCAGAGAUAAUUGAUCAGCAUUUCCAGGACAUCCUAAAUGUGGCACCAGGUGAAGGCAACAGUCCUGUUAGAUUGCUAACAGAUCAAACCAAUGAAGCAAAAUGUUUCCCUGUCCUCUAUCCUACUGGUGGGCCUACUUUACAUGCUGAAAGAGAAGAAAAAAUAACUUUGUCACGUUACCUGAAUGCACGCAUACUCAAUGCCCAUGGUCGUUUCGCACAGAACACAGACUUCAUUUUUUAUGCACAGUACAUAUCAGAAGUUAAUCAAGUUGUGUCUAGUGUUUCAGUCGCAUUACGCAAAGGUGAAGGUUUGUCUAUGAAAAAGGUGACACAAGACAUGCUAACAAACUCAGACUCACUACGUCAAAUAUUACGUAAUAAUGAAGGAUACAAGUUCUUAAGAGGAAUUCGUGGCACACCUCCAUACUGGAUGUCAGUACAGAAAGACCUUUUUGCCAUGAUAAGACAGCUUUCCAUACCCACUUUCUUUGCAUCUUUCAGCUCUGCUGAUUUGAGAUGGCCUGAAAUGCUGAACUCUAUCCUGAGAAUAGAAGGAAAACACUUAAAUGUUGAUGAGCUUGACUGGUCGGAAAAAUGUGGUCUUAUACAACGCAAUCCUGUCACAGCAGCAAGAAUGUUUGAUCACAGAUGGCAUUGUUUUCUGCGUGAUGUAAUCAUGUCUCCAGCUGAACCCAUUGGGAAAAUAAAAGACUUCUUUUAUCGUGUUGAAUUUCAACAACGUGGUUCACCUCAUGUCCACUGUCUUUUUUGGGUUGAGAAUGCUCCUAAGAUUGACAAAGAAAGUGAUGCUGAAGUAGCACAUUUCAUAGAUACCUACAUCACUUGUGAGACUCCACCUGAGACUGACCCAGAGCUUUAUGAGACUGUGAAUUGUGUGCAGAAACACAGCACGAGACAUUCCAAGACAUGUCGUAAGAAAAACACAGUGUGCAGAUUUAAUUUCCCAUGACCACCAUCCAACCAUACUUUUGUCACAAGAGGAGGUAACUCGGAGGACUUGAAUGGCAAAGAUGAAAAUACAAGUGCAACUGGAAUUAUGAAGAAAGUCAAAACUGCGUUGACAAAGCCUGAUAUGAAUUUCAGUUCAACAGAUGUAUUUUUUGAGUCUAUUGGAAUUGAUCAAGGUUUGUUUGAAAGAGCAUACAACAUAUGUUCCAAAAAGAAAAGCAUUGUGCUAAAGCGAAGUCCAAAAGACAUUUGGGUAAAUCAGUACAACAAAGACUUAUUGCGUGCAUGGCAAGGCAAUAUGGAUAUUCAGUAUGUCACAGAUGCUUUUUCAGUAGUGGUAUAUAUACUGACAUAUAUCACAAAAGCAGAACAAGAAAUGGGAUUGCUGUUACAACGUGCACAAAAUGAGGGAAUGCAUGGGAAUCUUGAUGCAAAAGCAGCAUUCAAACAGCUGGGAAGUGUAUAUCUGCACAACAGAGAAGUCUCAGCCCAAGAGGCAGUGUAUCGAUUAACAUAUAUGCACUUGAAAGAAUGCUCUCGUCAAGUACAGUAUAUACCCAUUGGGGAGAACCCUGUUAGGAUGAGUUUGCCUUUGCACAUACUCCAAAAUAAAUCUCAACAUCAAGUGAGUGAUGAUGAAAACAGUCUUUGGAUGACCAAUAUGGUUGAAAGGUAUAAGAACAGACCCAGGACAGCACCAUUAGAAAGUCUAUGCCUUGCCAGUUUUUGUUCUGAAUAUAGAGUACUCUCAAAGUCACAGGUUUCCACUGAAAAAAAUUCAGAUAACAUAAUCAAGCUAAACAACGACUGUGGAUUUUUGAAGCAAAGGACCCGAACUGAACCUGCUGUUGUGAGGUAUCCCAGAUUUUCUCCCACAAAAAAAACAGAAAAGUACUUUCAUUUGUUAUUGCAACUUUUUUUGCCAUAUUAUGAUGACAUUCACCUUAAGCCAUCGCAGUUUGUUACCUACGAGGAUUUCUACAAAAAUGGUGCAGUGAAAUGUGGCAGUGAUAUUCAAAGAGUGCAGGUAAUUGUUGAUUCUAACAAAGGUUUAUUUGAAAAAGAAAGCGAUGAAAUUGAUAAAGCCAAACAGUUGCUGGAAGAUGACAUUGACUUGGAAGAUGCCUGGGCUCAAAUAUGUCCUGAAACUGAAAACGAGCGUCUUCAUUGUUUAGAACUGAUGAAAGAUAAGGUCAUGCCUGAUGACGAUGAUAAUGAGGAACUCAUUCCAGAUCUGGCAGCACGCCCACAAACUACAUGUACUCUUGAAACAAAUCAUGUGACAAUGCCCAGAGAGGAUGCAUUGCAUUUACUACGGUCAUUAAACGAGGAGCAGUCUGCAAUAUUCUAUCAUGUUCGUCAGUGGUGUUUAGAUAAAUUGCUUGGACAAAAUCCUGAACCAUUUCGAUUGUUUAUUACAGGUGGAGCAGGAACAGGGAAAAGCCAUUUAGUCAAAGCAAUACAUUAUGAAUCCUCUAGACUGUUAUCUCAACUUGCUGAAAGUCCUGAUGAUGCCACCGUCAUUUUAACAGCAUCAACAGGUGUGGCUGCAUAUAACAUUGGUGCAACAACCAUUCACAACACAUUCUCCAUCGGUGCCAAUAUCAGAUUGCCAUAUCAACCUCUAAGUGAUGAUAAAGUCAAUUCUUUAAGAACCAAAAUGGGCAACUUGCAAAUUCUCAUCAUUGAUGAAGUGUCCAUGGUUGACCACCGCCUUCUAGCCUAUGUUCAUGGUAGAUUGCGUCAAAUCAAGCAGACUGGUGAUUACUCUGUUUUUGGAAAAGUCUGCAUUGUUGCUGUGGGUGAUUUCUAUCAGUUGCCACCUGUAAAAGGCACUCCUCUCUUUGCUGAUAACAACGGAGCCAACUUGUGGGACAACAACUUUGAAGUUGCAGAACUAACUAAAGUAGUCAGACAGCAAAAUGCAACCUUUGCGGAAAUGUUGAAUCGCCUGAGAGUUCGUAAAAAGAAAGAACCUCUGAGCAGCCAUGAUAUUCUCACAUUAAAGCAGUGCGAAACAGGUGAAGAAUGUAGUGACAUUCACAUAUUUGCCACAAACGCAGAGGUUGAUGAAUAUAACAUCCAGAGACUGCAACAGACCUGUCCUGACGCAAUCAGUAUACCAGCUCAAGAUUUUGUCCGUAAUCCUAAAACUGGAAGAAUGGAACAGAAAGUAGGCUUUCACACAAACAUUUUCAAUUCCUGUUUGUCGGAUUGUGUUUCAUUGGGAAUUGGAGCAAAAGUGAUGUUGAAGAAGAACAUAGACGUGUCUGAUGGUCUUGUCAAUGGAGCAUUUGGAACAGUUGUCCACAUCAGUAAACGUCAACAAGAUGAUGAUUUACCCACAGCUAUUCAUGUAGAAUUUGACGACCCAAAUGUUGGCAAGAUUCAGAGAUCAAAAUCAAAUGUGAGGUUUUCUGAACGUUCAACACUAAUUGAGGUACAAGAGGAUAAAGUCACAAAUGCUGGUGGAGUACGCCGUCAAUUUCCACUCAGACUGGCAUGGGCAUGCACAGUUCACAAAGUCCAAGGACUCACUGUUGAAAAAGCUGUUGUAUCACUAAAAAAGAUUUUUACUGCAGGGCAAGCAUAUGUUGCUUUGAGUCGUGUGAAAACCCUCAGUGGACUGAUAAUUGAGGACUUCAAAGAGUUUGGAUGA